GCAAUGACCACCGGUUUGAGAAAUGAGAUGGAGGUGGAGGGCAGAGAAUCCAAAAUGACUUCAUCUACCAAGUUCCGCCCCACACAGCACUCCCUCAUGAUCUCCUCCUUUUUCAUCCAUAUAAAAACCCCUCUACAAUCCUAAAAUCUUCAUCAUAGCUUUCUCAUUCUCUACAAAGAAAGACCAGGGCCGAGACCGAGUUGAAAAGACUAAGCAAAAUGUCAGACUGGGGUCCGGUGUUUAUGGCCGUGGUGCUGUUCAUUCUGUUAACUCCAGGGCUGUUGUUUCAGGUACCAGGGCGCCAUCGAAGCAUUGAGUUUGGCAAUUUCCAGACAAGCGGUGCAUCAAUUAUGGUUCAUACUCUUCUGUAUUUUGCUCUCAUUUGCGUUUUCCUGCUGGCUGUUAAGGUUCACUUGUACCUCGGUUAGCACUACUUUAUUGCUGAUGCAAUUGACUCCCCCCCCCCCAGUUGAAAAACAAGAUCAAGGGUAAUAAAUUCAAGGUGUUUUUUGGACUUUGCUUCUCUGUCAAACGUAGUCUAUUCCAUUGUUUGCAAGUUAUAUCAAGAUAUUAUUUUCUUCCAUUUUAGAGGGGGUUUGAUUGAUUGUCAUAAAUGUAACGUGCGGAGCAUUGCUCUUGCUUGCUUUGUAACUGAAAGUUAAGGAUUUGUGAUGCAUGACUUCAAUUAGUAUCUUAA